AUGGUCCUUCGGGCCAUCGAAUCAAUACGAGACAGCGUUUUGAAUGCUUCGGGGAGUACUCCGAUUCCUAUCGAAGCUCCAACUUCCUUGAAAACGCCGUCAAUCAUUCCGACGGUCGAAUUAGUUCUCGGAACCAUCACUUAUCUGGUUUGCUGGAUUCUUUCUUUCUUUUCUCUUUUUGAGGCUUUAUUUUCCGUUUCGCGCCAAACAGAAAAUUAGGAUGAGAGCUUAAAAGUUCUCUACUGGCUAGUGUUAUUUUUUCCGCCCAUUAUCCAUCUUGAGAGCUUCCCCGAGUGACAACUUAAUCACUCUCGACGACGCCUCCGUUUUUUUGUUUGUUCAAGAAAUGAAGAAAAAAACUGGUUGUUUAGGACAAAAAAAUUUUUAAAAUAAACUACAGCUUUCGUCUGGAAUUAAUGGAAAAAUAAUGACCCAAAUAAACGAAAAGCCAAGUAACGAUGAUGAAUUGGAGACUAUGAUUCCAAAAAAUGCUUCUUCAGGUAAUUAUUGCAAUGACAGUCGUUGGAAACACGCUGGUCGUCGUUGCCGUGUUCAGCUACAGGCCGCUGAAAAAAGUCCAAAACUAUUUCCUGGUGUCUUUAGCCGCCUCAGAUCUAGCUGUGGCAAUAUUUGUGAUGCCUUUACAUGUCGUCAAAUUUCUUGCCGGUGAGUUGAGACUUCAUGAGGCAAGAGAUAAUGGGAAUAUUAUAAGUUAUAGUUUAUAUCUGUAUGUCUUUCUUCAAGUUACCAUUAGACUUUUUAAAUGUAAUAAAAGUUUUAGAACUCAAGAAUCUUGUUAAGGUUCUUGAAGGCCCAUGAAUCUCAAAUAAACGAAGAUAAUAGUGAAAAAUGGUUUAAUUACUUAUUUACAAAGAUGAGUUUACUUUUUCUCAAAAUCACUCAUGCCGAAGUUCUGAGAGAAAUAUUAUUGAAAACAUUUUUAUCCCAUACGGUUUUUUUUUCUCACAGCUAAAAACCACAAGUUUCGUUCACAUUUUCUCCUUCAAAUCCCGUUUUUUGUUCACCUUUUUGAUAAAUUUAAUUUAUUGCCAUUCUUUCGAUAUUUUCUUCCGUUCUCUAUGAAUUAUGCCCUUCUUUGUUCGGAACUUCACCUUCUCUCCUUGUUUUCCUAAAAAGGCUAAAUAGGGAAAUGGCGGAGCUUCCGACAGCUCGCUUUGCGUUGACGACGCCUUGAUUCAACUUGUUUGAGUCACAAUCAAGGCAAUUAGCUCUGGGCGGCGCUCGUCUUCUGCUUCUAUCCUUCGCAUUUUGCUAUUCAAACAAAUUGCUCUUGUAUUUUCCGCGCUGUUGACAAAAUGCGGAACGAACAAUUAGAAGGAGGAGACGAGGCGUCAAGUUUUUCAAGGAGCUUUGGAUGGAAAAAAAUGCUCAAUUGGAAAAAGCAGAAAAAGCAAAAAAAGUGAAGUGGAAAGAUCAUGGAGAAAAAUUAAUUUUUUUGAUAUUAUUUCCCAAAAAAAUUAUUUGGCACAACAAGGAAGUUCGGCAAAAAGUGAAGAAACUAUUCUACAUACAAACUUCUUUUGUAGCUUUUCAUGGAAAUUCUACAUAUUUAUUACUCAUAAAAUGCGUUCAAACGUAGAGAGACGAGAAUAAGAAAAUCUUUGAAAUAAAGGGAAAUAUUUCAAUUUUUUUUUAAUCAUUUGAUGAACUUUUGAAUUAUCUUUUUUUUUCGUUUGGUUUUAGCUUCUUCUCGCGUAUUUUUCAAGAUUGAACAACACUGAGGUCAUUGAGAAUGAUUUGAAAAAUGCAAAUAAAACAUAUUGAAAAAAUACGCCGAAAGCUUUAUAUUAUCAAUUUUCAGAUGGUCGAUGGCUUCUUGGCGUCGCCGUAUGCCAGUUUUUCACGACAGCUGAUAUUCUUCUAUGUACUUCUUCCAUACUUAAUUUAUGUGCAAUUGCCAUGGACAGGUUCAGAAUAGCUGUUAAGACUUGAAUCUCAAUUUUUCCAGGUAUUGGGCAAUUCACGACCCCAUAAACUAUGCGCAGAAAAGAACACCAAAAUUUGUCUGCAUGGUGAUCGUCGUGGUUAGUUUCUGUUCAUUUUUUGACAUGCUUAGAAAGUUUUCAAAGCCAGAAUUUAAUGUUGCGUGCUUGAAUCUAUGGAAAACCUAGCUUUUGAAAGUUAUACAUUUUUGAGGCUUUUAAGAUGAGAAAGAGAUCAUCACAACGGUUGCGAAAAAAGUAACUAAACUAAUUUCUUUGCGAUAUGCAGUUGUUGCAACUAACAAGCCUUUGUGAGAAGCGCAACAUUCGAAAAUUGGGCCCAUCAAAAACGUGAAGGGAGACUUUUUAUGAAGGUUCCUGACGAAACUGAAGGAAUUUUUUUCGAAGGGGCUUUUUCCUGUUGAAAAUGGGUUUUUUCAAGAAUUAAGCUCACUCGUCACGGCUUUUUCUUGAUGGAAAAAAAAAUAAUUCAGCUUUAUGAACUUCGAAAUUUUUGCUUGUUUUUCGAACUUUUCGUUUCUUGGUUCCAAAAACUCAACAAAAUGAUGUGAUAGCGUGCGACGAGGCAAUGGUAGCCAAGCUCUCAAGUAGAUAAAACUGCGAAGCGACACAAUGGAAUCCUAGAAAAAAACGAGAGAACCCUUCAAGACUCUUCAGCGAACUUCGCGUGAAAGGAUGUGCAAUAAUCAACAACUGAAAAAUUGUCAAUAAUUCAAGAAGAGGGAAAUUUGUGAAUGAAAGUUUUUGGAAAAGGGGAACGUUAAAAUUUAUAUGGUAUUUUGGGCUCACUGUUUGAUAUUUUACCUAGAAUUUUUUUUCGACGAGACUUGUGUAUUCUCAGAAAUCAAAAAGGUUUUUUUCGACGAUCAGUUUUUUUUAAUAUUUUUUUUGAAAGCUCUUUGAAUUUUUUUCUGAUUUAAGAGCACAACAGAAAUUUCUCCUUUUUGCAUUUCAUUCCUUUUUUUGGGUUUUUUCUAUCAAAGUGGUCUGCAAAAAAACCGCAACUUUCAAAGGUUCUAGAAGUACUAAAAAAUAGCCAAAACUCUGCAGAAAAAACCCUUGAGAGAGUUCAAAUUUCAGGUUUGGAUUCUAUCUGUGAUCAUAUCCGUCCCACCUUUAAUUGGCUGGAACGACUGGUCGUCUCAAAAGUUGAAGGAUCACUGUGAACUAUCCUCAGAGAGGUUAUCUUUUUUUACUCUUUAUAUCGGAAACUCCCCCAUCUCAAGUACUUUGAAAAAGCUUUUUAAAAUUGUUCAUCAGUUUUAUAGGCAGUUCAUUACUUUAAUGGCAACUUUCUUCAAAAAGUCAUCAUUGUAUGAAUUUUCAGAGCCUUUGUCGUUUUCUCAGCAGCCGGCUCAUUUUUUCUUCCUUUGCUGGUGAUGGUCGUUGUCUACGUUAAGAUUUUCAUCAGCGCUCGACAGAGAAUCCGAACCAACAGAGGUGGAUUAGAAAAAAAAGACGAGCUCUGUUAGGAGCAGAGCUGCGCGUGAGCCCGUCCUUAAGCCCUUUAACCUAUGACUUUUGGAGCUUCAAGAGAAUCAUGAGGGUCGCUAACCUAAAAACUUCGUCGCUCACAAGGGACGCCAUUUCGAGGCGAAACAAAAGUUGUUCCUUCGAAAAUCGUCGAACUCCUAGAUGAUGAUUCUCGAAGACCGUUUCAUGAACAAAAUCUUAGUAUUUUGAUGAAAUUUCUCUAAUUUACCUUUUAGCCUGGAGCCGAAAAUUGAGAUCCUUACAACAUUUUUUCCUAAUUUUUUAUAAUUAAUUUCAUGGAGAUUGCAGGAAGAAGCGCAUUGAUGAGGAUACAGACAGCCGAAGGAGAUGAAGAUCGCAAAAUGUCGAUCAAACGGGUCUCAGUGGAGAGCGCUCACACGAGCAGCCGGGUAGGCGAGAAAACUCCGCUGGUCAUCGCCGAAGGCCACACAACUAUCACCACCCUCGCUGCCCAUUCCGUCAGUCUCAAAACUUACGUGCACCUUACUUCUGAGUUUUUUUUUGUUAAUUUUCUGGGCGGCUUCUUGACAAGAAAUCGAUUAUGGUUCAUUUCUUCUUCUCUUUCGAAAUAUUGGUGUAAGCGUUCCGAACCAAGAAGGCUGGUUGGACAAAUAAUGGCUCAGCAACAGUGCGCCCUUCCAAGCAAGAUCAUUUUGCUUUGCGGUUGCAACUUUCCUAAAAGUUGGCGUUUCUUGAUGUACCAGAUGAAGAUCCUGUAAGUCUUAACUUGUACAACUUCUAAAUAAAAAACCAUAAAUAUUCGUUGAAAUGUGCUGCUUUAUGAGCCUUUUUCAGCCAGGAAUAAGAAAAAUAUGAAGGCUGAGCUUUUCAGAAUUUUCAUACUGUAAAUCAAGAAGUGUUUUGGCCCACUUUCCGGAGAUUCCUGACUGCAACGCAAAAUGACCUUUAGUCAGCAAAAAAUUCAUUACAAACUUCAAUAUUUCGUCCUCAUCACGGAGAGAAAUUCUACGUGUGACCAAAGCUUUCGAUUUCUGACGGUUGCUACAAUAUCAAAGAACCUAGUAAAAAGUUUAAGAUCGUUUUGCGAUUUCGAUAUUUUUAUUUUGCUAUACUAGAAGCCUGCAGGGAUACCUAACCUGUGUUCAAAAUUCUGAACUUUUAAAUUUAUUUAAUAAUUUUUCACAUCAAUCAAAAAAACUUGUUUUCAUUCCAAACAAGAUCAAAAUGGUGAUGAAAAUGGCCCUCAUCUUUUUUUCCAAUCCAAGUUUAAAAAAACCAAGAAUUUCAAACGUAACUCUUUUGUACCGGGAACGAAACAUUUACUGGAGGAUACCGUCAAUUUUUAGUUUUUAUUGGAUGCAAAUGUUUCCGAUUUUUCAGGAGAUUUCUCAAGAUAAAUGACUUUUUUGAAACGGUCUAUUGAGGACUCGUUGCUGAAAAUUUCUUUUGACGUUCUUCAAGAACUACUUUUUUUCAUCAUGAAAUUAUAACCUCUUUCCUUAACUUUCUUCUAAGUUUUCCUAUUAACACUAUUCAUGUCAAGAAGCCGUCGUAUCGAAAUUUCACUGCUAGCUACUUCAAACUUUCUAAUGAAAAGGCAUUGGUUAACUAACUUUCGCACAUUUCAAUGCACUUGCACGUCUUUUUGGUACUAACGGGGCACUUCUUCAAAUUUUGAAAAAUUCUUGUGAAUUCUAAAAAGUCCAGGCAUGUGUUUAUCGGAUGUAUGGCCCGUGGCUGAUGGUUCUUUUUUGGAGGUUGAGUUUUUCUUUCAAAUCUACAUUCAGACGGACUGCCCGGUCAAGGAAGAAACGACAAAAAAUAUGAAGUAUCACAACAAUGGAACGAGCAAACAAUCGAAAGAAGAAGAGGUUUUCAUUAUGUUCCUUACAGAAACUUCUCUUUUCUUUCUCUUUAUUUCUCUGUUUUAGUUGAAUGUUUGAAAAAACCGUAGAUUUUGUCAUGCUGCUAUGAUAAACGCAUCGUAUAUAUAUUUCUGUUUGAAUGACUAGGGGAUUAUUUUUAAAAAAAUAUUUUCUUGAGAAAAUUUUCUCGAUGAAUGGAAGGAUUUUUUGAAGAAGAUCGCCGAAAAGUUUUAUGAAUUUUGUUGAGAGAAAAAAAAACUUUAAAAAAAAAAUCCUCUGAUUGCAGGGAAAAAAAUCAGUAUCUAGCGAUUAUAAAAUUUCUGGGAGCUUCAAAGUGAAAAAUUACAAAGAACUAAGGAGAAUUAUUUUCAAACAGUCCUCAAAUAAUUCAAAGAAUUCUUAAUUUACACUUCAAAACUUGUUAUAAAAAAAAUCCAGUAAAAGCGCCCAAAAAAUAAAUUUCUUUCCACAGAAUUUACAGAAUCUGUGAUUUCAGAACCCAACAGCCGUGCUUCGAAAAAGAGAAAAAAUCAGUGUGGCCAAGGAAAAAAGGGCUGCGAAGACGAUCGCCGUCAUCAUUUUCGUAUUUUCCUUCUGUUGGCUGCCGUUUUUUUGCGCAUAUGUCAUCCUGCCGUUCUGCGAAGCCUGUUAUAUCCAUCCAAAGGUUCAUUUCCGAGCUUUGAAGCUUGAUACGUAUUUAUCAGUUAUCCGACUAGCUUGCGGUAAUUUGCACAUUUCCGGGGACGAAGACUUAUCAGCCUGCCUCGGCUAUUUAUAAAGCGUUGUAGGGAUGAUGAUUAUUUCCUUUUUCACUCUUAUUACGUCUGUUCUGAGUUCCAGAAAGAUCUUGCUGACGCAAAAACAGAAUUGAAAGUUUGAUGUAACUCUCAAAGAAAUGCACAAACGAUGGGACAAAAGCUUUUCUUUGUUCAUUCUUCCUUUUGUUUUUUUACGUAACAUUUUUUUGUUUUUCAAAGUUUUCGCAACUUUUUGAUUUUUUUCAGAGAAAAGUUCAAGUUUUUGAAAAUAGAUUUUCAGAAAAAAAUAUUUGAGUAGAUUUUCAGAAACAAAUCCUAGUGCUAAAAUAGAAAAAAAAGCUUGGAUUGCGUUUUCAUUUAAUAUUUCGGCUCUUCCGUACCGUCUCUCAACGUUCCCUCUGAUUUAUUCAUCAUCAUCUUUUAUUCAUUCUGCAAGGAGAACAAAAAAAUGCAAAUUUUCUUUUCCAAUGAAUAUUGCUCAGAUUCAAAUUAGUCAGAAAGGAAUCCUCUUGAUGAACAAUCGUUUUUUUCAGGUGAAUCAGGCGUUCACUUGGCUGGGAUACAUCAAUUCUUCGCUGAACCCGUUUUUGUAUGGGAUUCUGAACCUAGAGUUCCGACGAGCGUUCAAGAAGAUUCUCUGCCCAAAGACGGUUCUCGAACAGCGACGCAGAAGACUCAGUGCUCAACCAUAA